CCUUUCUUUAGGUUCCGUUACCGAAUCUCGGGAUAGGGACACGCCUUUGACGUCGUGAGAUAUAAAGCAGGUAGUGUUUAAGGCUAACAAUAUCAGUUCUUCUACAACUGUUUUACUACAACUGCUUCUCAAACAAACAAUGCAGCUCCAGGUACUCAUUUUCGCCACCUUGGUUGCCGUUGCCGUUGCGGCUGAUGUCUACCCAUCCAAAGCUUAUCCGACUCCGGCUUAUCCCUCCCCUUCUUACUCAACUCCAGCUUACAGCAAGAGCUACGAUUACCCCCCACAACCGUACAGCUUCGCAUGGGAAGUGAACGAUGCUCCUUCCUACAACAAUUAUGCCCACUCUGAGAACAGCGAUGGAAAGUUGACUACCGGAUCUUACCGUGUUGUUCUACCCGAUGGCCGCACCCAAAUUGUCAACUACAAAGCUGAUAGCUACGGAUACGUUGCCGAUGUCAAAUACGAAGGUGUGGCCAAGUAUCCAGAAUACAAACCUGCUGCUUCUUACCCGGCUCCAGCUUACAAGGCUCCUGCCUACAAAGAACCUACCUAUUAAUUCAAAGUGAAAAUUAUUUGUGCACAAAUUUGUUUUUAAAGUGGGAAUAAAAUUUAUUUAUAGCAAAAGAAA